AUGGAUUUGUUUUUGCCGGCGGGGAAACGUGCAACCAUGCCCACCGGAAACAGCACGGCACUUACGAUCAUUCCCAUUGCCGGCAAUAAAGUCUUUUAUUACCAUGGUGAACUGGCCACUGCCCUUCAACAAAACCAGUAUGGCACCACUUAUUUCGCCGGCAAAAACAGUAUCGGUGACAUUAUCAGGCUGAAACAGAAUGUACUUGACCAAACGCCAAAGUUUACGAAGAAGGAUCUGAUGCUAAUCAUAAAACCCGCGAUAGAUGCCAGCUAUCAAAAUGUGGUGGAUGCUUUGGAUGAAGUGCUGAUCAACGAUUUAAAACACUACGCGUUUGUAGACCUGGACCCUGCAGAAAAAGAGUUUUUGAAGCGAUUGGGCUAUCUUUUCACCAUAAAAUUUACCAAUAUGGGCAUACCUGUAGUUAACCUGGCAGAUUUCCUGAGUGGCGAUCCGCAGUUAAAACAAAAGUUUGUAAACAAUUUGGGUAAAGCCUAUGAAGAUGUAGGCUUUGUAGCAGUAACCAACCAUGGUAUACCGGAAGAAUUGAUUGCCGACCUGUACAAAUAUGUGCAGCAGUUUUUUGCACUGCCGCUUGAUAAAAAAAGAAGUUAUGAGGUGCCGGGAUUGGCAGGCCAGCGCGGGUACACUUCUUUUGGUAAAGAACAUGCCAAGGGCAGCGAUGCACCGGAUCUGAAGGAAUUCUACCAGCACGGGCAAAUGGUAGAAGAUGGCGAUCCUAUUAAAUCAGAAUACCCUGACAAUGUGAUUAUCAAAGAAAUUCCUGCUUUUACGCCCACUUUAAAUAAAACGUACAAAGCUUUUGAAAAAUCUGGCAAGGCGCUGCUGCAGGCCAUCGCCCUCUACCUGGGGCUGGAUGAAAACUAUUUUAACGCCCAUGUACGCAAUGGCAAUUCAAUACUGAGGGCCAUUCACUAUCCACCCAUUCUUGCAGAACCCAAAUCGGCCAUCCGUGCAGAACAGCAUGAAGAUAUUAACCUGAUUACCCUGCUGGUGGGUGCUUCCGCCGGUGGAUUACAGAUUCUGACCAAACAAAAUGAAUGGGUAGAAGCCGUUUCUUUGCCCGACCAGAUUGUAGUAAAUGUGGGCGAUAUGCUGCAGCGCCUCACCAAUAACAAACUCAAAUCCACCACCCACCGCGUAGUGAACCCACCCCGCGAACUUUGGCAUACUUCCAGGUUUUCUAUUCCUUUUUUCCUGCACCCCCGAAGCGAAAUGAGCCUGGCCUGCCUGGAAAGCACCAUUGACAAAAACCAUCCCAAAGCCUAUGAAGAUGCCACCGCCGGAGAAUACCUGGACGAGCGGUUGCGUGAAAUCGGGCUAAAAAAAUAA